AGUAGCUUUCACAUUUAAAUUAUAGCUUAAAAUUUUAUGUAAUUCUUAACUCUACAUUGAAUGCAAAGGGUAAGAUUUAUACUUUCUUUUUCUACAUACAGAGAAAAGAUAUCCAUAGAGUCCAUAAAAACAUACCCAGUAUACCUCUGCUAUCAAAAUUUCACAGUGGGGGCACCUAAAAAAUAUCUUAAAAGGCUCUGUGGUCAGAAGAAAGAAGGGAAACAUGAAAAAAAAAAUGAUUGAGAAAUGCUGCCUUAACCCAUUUGGAGAGUGCAAAAUGAAAACAAAAACAAAAGUAGAAAGCAAGAAGGAACUUUCAGAAAAUGGAAACCAUGGGCUCCUACUUAAGACACAGGCCUGAAGGAAGGUCUUCAGAGAACAAAGAGAGCAAGUUCUCAGAGUCACCCACCUACCCAGGAGAAGCAUCUGCAAGGUCCCCGAUGGCCCCAGCCUGGUCCUUACUCCUGGCCCUGCUGCUGCUCAGCUGCAACGCCAUCUGCUCUCUGGGCUGCCACCUGCCUCACAUCCACAGCCUGGCCAACAGGAGGGUCCUGAUGCUCCUGCAACAACUGAGGAGGGUCUCCCCUUCCUCCUGCCUGCAGGACAGAAAUGACUUCGCAUUCCCCCAGGAGGCGCUGGGUGGCAGCCAGUUGCGGAAGGCUCAAGCCAUCUCUGUGCUCCACGAGGUGACCCAGCACACCUUCCAGCUCUUCAGCACAGAGGGCUCGGCCACCACGUGGGACCAGAGCCUCCUGGACAAGCUCCGCGCUGCACUGGAUCAGCAGCUCACUGACCUGCAAGCCUGUCUGAGGCAGGAGGAGGGGCUGCAAGGGGCUCCCCUGCUCAAGGAGGACCCCAGCCUGGCUGUGAGGAAAUACUUCCACAGACUCACUCUCUAUCUGCGAGAGAAGAGACACAGCCCUUGUGCCUGGGAGGUUGUCAGAGCAGAAGUCAUGAGAGCCUUCUCUUCCUCAACAAACUUGCAGGAGAGUUUCAGGAGAAAGGACUGACACACACCUGGUUCAACACAGAAAUGAUUCUCAUGGACCAACAGACCACACUUCCUCCUGCGCUGCCACGUGGAAGACUCUCAUUUCUGCUGUCAU